CCCAAUUCACUAAACCAAUCAAAUUAGAUGAAUUUUGUUUAUUUAUCUCUGUCAAACACGCGUCUAACAUGUGAUUUCAGAUUUUAAUAUUCACACUGUAUCGAAGCCCUGCCGAUUGAUACAGGCAAUUGAGUCAAUUAUAAUUAAAAUAAAUUGAUCUGGGAAAGUAAAUUCAUCAGUUAUUGAAAACAAUUGCAAAAGAUUUUCAAUGGACGCUAUAAAAAGUAAACUGAGUGCUUUAAGAAAAGAGUUUGGUGACGUUCAACCUGUAGUUGCUGUUUUAAAAGUAAAUGAAGUGGGUAUUAGCAUCCCUUCUAAUGCAAUAAGAGGGACUUUAGAAGCAGUUGGUGUUUCUUUAAAAUCCGUUGCAGUAAAUACGGGAGAUAAUGAUUCUUGUGUUUAUGAUGCAAUCACACAGCUGAACAGAGAUUCAAGCAUUCAUGGAAUUCUAGUUGAGUUACCAUAUGAUUUCUCUGGAGACCAUCAAAGUUUGUUAGAUUCAAUUCUGCCUGCUAAAGACGUCGCUGGGCUUUCUCGGGACAGUGUGAAUGGAUUUCUGCGGCGGCGCAUUGAUGCUUCCCAACAUUGCUUUGCUGCUGCAACCCUCGAACUGAUUAAAAAACUAAAGCCAUCAGCAAUUCAGGGAAAUAUUUGCAUUGUUGGAUUAAAGAAUCCUUCUGUCUUGUCACAAGUGCUUAUCGAACAUAAUUCUGUAGUUACUGUUUGUCAAAGUUGCGAUGAAAGGUUAUCAUCUAUUGUAAGUAAUGCUGACGUCAUCAUAUCAAUUAGUUUAGCCUAUGAGAAGAUCAAACAAUGGAUGAAACCAAAUUCAAUUUUAUUAAGUUGUUCUUUUGCUUCUACAGAAGAACAAGAUUUGAAUACUGAAAAUCAUAUUGUCGUUUCUAAUCAUACAUUUUAUGCUGAAGUUGCAAAAGUUAUUGCCAGAAAUCUUCUUCAAAAUAUCAAAAACCUGUAUGAUCCUGAAUGGAGUUUGAAAAGCAUUCCUUUGAAAUUUGGCCCACCUGGUCAGAGUGAUUUAGAGAUAGCAAGAGCACAGCAACUGAAACAUAUUGCAGAUUUGGCUAAAGAGAUGAAUCUUUUUCCACAUGAAAUUGAACUUUAUGGAUAUACAAAAUGUAAAGUAUCACUGUCAGUUCUUGACAGGUUAAAGACUAGGAAAUCGGGAAAAUAUGUCGUGGUAGCAGGAAUCACACCAACUCCUCUUGGCGAAGGUAAAAGCACUACGGCAGUUGGUCUGUGUCAAGCUUUAGCAGUUCAAAUGAAACGAAAUACUGUAGUCUGCUUACGACAACCAUCUCAAGGUCCUACAUUUGGAAUUAAAG